AUGAUAUUGACCGAUCUACCCGCUGAAAUUCUAUUAUACAUAUUUCAAUUUAUCCAAAAUAAAAUCGAUAUAUUCUAUUCAUUUUAUGGUAUACACAAUAAGCGUUUAUAUCAAUUAAUUAAAACAAAUUUUACUGAAUCUACAGUUGAUUUAUCAGUACCAUUAAUAUUUGACAAUAAUAUUCUGAAUUACAAAUUUCUAUUAAAUAAUAUCAGUUUAAAAAUAAAACAUUUAGUCUUAAAUGGAAAUGAGCAACUUGAAUUUUUAUUUUCUUCUGAUACAAAAAUUGAUUUUCCGAAUUUAACUAAUUUAACAUUAUUAUCAAUUAAUUAUAAAAGUUUUCUUGAUUAUUCACCAAUUACAUUAACCAUCUCUUAUUUAUAUAUUUUAUUUGAUGGUAAUCCACAUAAAACUUCAAGUUCUAUUAAUGAAGAUGUUAGUCGAUAUUUAUUUUCAAAUAAAAAUAAUUUAUCAAUCGUUAUUAUAGAAAAUAUUCAUUUAUCUCGAAUAUUUGAUAUUUCAUUAUCACUUACACAAUUAAAUAUAACUGUAAAAUAUUAUUCUGAUUUAAUUUAUCUAUUAUUGAAUUCAAAUAAUAUUACAGAUUUAAAUGUUAAAUGUCAAUACUUAGAUGUCAUUGAAGGUAAUUUUUUAAUUUAG